GUACCCGAGAAGGAAGAAGCGUCACGUAUUCGGAUCCAGGCAAUUCCUGCCGUUAUGUCACAAGGGAUCCUUUCUCCGCCAGCCGGCUUGCUGUCAGAUGAGGAUGUCGUAGUCUCCCCCAUGUUUGAGUCUACAGCUGCAGAUUUGGGGUCUGUGAUACGCAAGGAUCUGCUGUCAGACUGCUCUGUCAUCUCCACCUCCUUAGAGGACAAGCAGCAGGUUACAUCUGAGGACAGCACAGAGAAGGUGAAAGUAUACCUGAGGGUCAGACCCUUGUUACCUUUAGAGUUGGAACGACAAGAGGACCAGGGUUGUGUCCAUAUUGAGAAUGUAGAGACACUUGUUCUACAAGCACCUAAGGACUCUUUUGCCCUGAAGAGCAAUGAGCGAGGCAUUGGUCAAGCCACUCACAGGUUUACGUUUUCCCAGAUCUUUGGGCCAGAAGUGGGACAGGCAUCUUUCUUCAACCUGACCGUGAAGGAGAUGGUAAAAGAUGUACUCAAAGGGCAGAAUUGGCUCAUCUACACAUAUGGAGUCACCAACUCAGGGAAAACCCACACAAUUCAAGGUACCAUCAAGGAUGGAGGGAUCCUUCCACGGUCCCUGACUCUGAUCUUCAACAGCCUCCAAGGCCAACUUCAUCCAACACCUGAUCUGAAGCCCAUGUUCUCUAAUGAGGUCAUCUGGCUAGACAGCAAGCAGAUGCGACAGGAGGAAAUGAAGAAGCUUUCCUUGCUAAAUGGAGGCCUCCAAGAGGAGGAGCUAUCCACUUCCUUGAAGAGAAGUGUCUACAUUGAAAGUCGGAUGGGUACCAGCUCCACCUUUGACAGUGGUGUUGCUGGGCUCUCUUCCAUCAGUCAAUUUACCAGCAGUAGCCAGUUAGAUGAAACAAGUCACCGAUGGGCUCAGCCAGACACUGCCCCAGUAAGUGUACCAGCAGAUAUUCACUUCUCCAUCUGGAUCUCCUUCUUUGAGAUUUACAAUGAACUGCUUUAUGACCUGUUAGAACCACCUAGCCAGCAGCGCAAGAGGCAGACUCUGCGUCUAUGUGAGGAUCAAAAUGGCAACCCUUAUGUGAAAGACCUCAAUUGGAUUCACGUUCAAGAUGCUGAGGAGGCCUGGAAACUCCUGAAGGUUGGUCGUAAGAACCAGAGUUUUGCCAGUACCCACCUGAACCAGAACUCUAGCCGCAGUCAUAGCAUCUUCUCAAUCCGAAUCCUGCACCUUCAGGGGGAAGGGGAUAUAGUCCCUAAGAUCAGCGAGUUGUCACUCUGUGAUCUGGCUGGCUCAGAGCGCUGCAAAGAUCAGAAGAGUGGUGAACGGCUGAAGGAAGCAGGAAACAUUAACACUUCUCUGCAUACCCUGGGCCGCUGUAUCACUGCCCUGCGCCAAAACCAGAACAGGUCAAAGCAGAACCUGGUUCCCUUCCGUGACAGCAAGCUGACUCGAGUGUUCCAAGGCUUCUUCACGGGCCGAGGCCGUUCUUGCAUGAUUGUCAAUGUGAAUCCCUGUGCAUCUACCUAUGACGAGACUCUUCAUGUGGCCAAGUUUUCAGCCAUUGCUAGCCAGCUUGUGCACACCCCACCUGUGCAACUGGGAUUCCCAUCGCUGCAUUCAUUCAUCAAGGAACACGGUCUUCGGCCAUCUCCCAGCUUAGAGAAAGGAGCUAAGGCAGACCCAGGCCUUGAUGAUGACAUUGAAAAUGAAGCCGACAUCUCCAUGUAUAGCAAGGAGGAACUCCUACAGGUAGUGGAAGCUAUGAAAGCCUUGCUCUUGAAAGAACGACAGGAAAAGUUGCAGCUGGAAAUGCAGCUCCGUGAAGAAAUUUGCAAUGAGAUGGUGGACCAGAUGCAACAACGAGAACAAUGGUGCAGUGAACACUUAGACACCCAAAAGGAACUAUUAGAGGAAAUGUAUGAAGAUAAACUAAAGAUCCUCAAGGAGUCACUGACGAGUUUUUACCAAGAGGAAAUUCAAGAGCGGGAUGAAAAGAUUGAAGAGCUAGAAGCUCUCUUGCAGGAAGCCAGACAGCCAGUGGCCCAUCAGCAAUCAGGGUCUGAAAUCCCCUUACGACGGUCACAAAGGUUGGCAGGUUCUUCCUCUACCCAGCAGCUCCAGGAUGUUAAAGCUAAACUACAACAGUGUGAAGUAGAGCUAAACUCCACCACUGUAGAACUGCACAAGUAUCAGAAAAUGUUAGAACCACCAUCCUCAGCCAAACCCUUCACCACUGAUGUGGACAAGAAGUUAGAGGAGGGCCAGAAGAAUAUAAGGCUUCUUCGGACAGAGCUUCAGAAACUCGGUGAAUCUCUCCAGUCAGCAGAAAGAGCCUGUUGCCACAGCACUGGGGCAGGAAAACUUCGUCAAGCCUUGACUGCUUGUGAUGACAUCUUAAUCAAACAGGACCAGACCCUGGCUGAGCUGCAGAAUAACAUGAUGCUAGUGAAACUGGACCUUCGGAAGAAGGCAGCAUGCAUUGCUGAGCAGUAUCAUACUGUACUAAAACUCCAAGGCCAGGCUUCUGCCAAAAAGCGCCUUGGUGCCAACCAGGAAAACCAGCAACCAAACCACCAACCCCCAGGGAAAAAACCAUUCCUUCGAAACUUACUUCCUCGGACGCCUACCUGCCAAAGCUCAACAGACUGCAGCCCUUAUACCCGGAUCCUGCGCUCAAGGCACUCUCCUUUUCUUAAAUCUGGGCCUUUUGGCAAAAAGUACUAAGGCUGUGGGAAAGGAGAAAAGCAGUCA